AAGACCCAUUAGAUUCCAUUCCAACACCAUUGGGCUUCUCUCUCUCUCUCUCUCUCUCGUGCCAGUCACGUGACUAACAACUCUUUUCAUUGCCAACUCCCAAAAGAAAAUCCAGACCGUUCAUUCAACUUUCUUGCAUCGAACGAUCCCAUGAUGGAAUCAAUCCUCACCGUUGAAAUGGCAUACCUUCCACGCUCUGAAACCCUACUCCUUCAGCGGAAAAGCACUCUUUUUUAUUACCCUCAGAUUCACCAAAGCGCUCUCUCUCUCUCCUCUUUUCUCUCUCUUUCUUUCUUUGGAGCCCCAGUCGGCUACAAACCCUCUUCCGAAAUCCAUAACCCAGCAAUCCAAAAUUUCAUUUUUCAGACAAGAAGAAACAAAAACCAGCCGAAUCGAUUUUCUCCAUUGAUUUGGGGUUUCUUAAGAAUAGAAAAGAGGGAAGGAAAGGGGCAAUGGAUUCGGAUCAAGGGAAGCUUUUUAUUGGUGGGAUUUCAUGGGAGACUUCUGAGGAUAAGCUAAAGGACUACUUCAGCAACUAUGGUGAAGUUAUGCAUACGGUCGUUAUGAGGGAUAAGAUCACUAGCAGACCCAGAGGGUUUGGCUUUGUUGUCUUUUCAGAUCCCUCUGUUCUCGAUCGAGUUCUUCAGGAUAAGCACACUAUCGAUGGUAAAACGGUUGAGGCCAAGAGGGCCUUAUCACGGGAGGAACAGCAGACUCCUGCCAGAGCAAGCAAUUCCAAUGGUAGAAACUCCGGCGGCAGUGGUGGUGGAAACAUGAGAACCAAAAAAAUUUUUGUUGGGGGAUUGCCUCCAACAUUGACCGAAGAAGGAUUUAAAGAGUACUUUGAGGCUUAUGGCCAUGUAACUGAUGUAGUAGUCAUGUAUGAUCAAAAUACUAGGCGUCCACGAGGAUUUGGUUUUAUAUCUUUUGAUUCUGAAGAAGCUGUUGACAGAGUUUUGCACAAGACGUUUCACGAUUUGAAUGGUAAACAAGUAGAAGUUAAGCGUGCCCUUCCCAAGGAUGCCAAUCCAGGUGCAGGUGGCCGUUCAAUGGGUGGUGGUGCUGGUAGUGGUGGUUAUCAAGGUUAUGGGUCAUCUGGUGGUGUCAAUUCAAAUUCUUAUGAUAAUCGUAUGGAUUCCAAUAGGUACAUGCAAUCACAGGGCUCUAGUGGAGGUUUCCCACCUUAUGGUUCCUCUGGAUACAGUAAUCCUGCGUAUGGUUAUGGUUCAUCGAAUAAUGGUAUGGGAUAUGGUGGUUAUGGAAAUUACAGUGGUUCAAAUACUGGGUUUGGUGCCCCUGCAGCAGUAGCCUAUGGCAACCCAAAUGUUGCCAAUGCUGGUUAUGGGAGCGGUCCUCAAGGUGGACCUAGAAAUUCAUGGUCAGGUCAAGCUCCCUCUGGGUAUGGAGCCAUGGGUUAUGGGAAUGCAGCUCCUUGGGGUGGUGCUCCUGGCGGCAAUGCUGGGGCUGGGAGUGGAGGACCUGGAUCUGCACCCACAGGUCAUUCUCCUGGUGGAGCUGCUGCUGGGUAUGGCAAUCAGGGUUAUGGAUAUGGUGGGUUUGGUAAUCAAGGUUAUGGUUAUGGUGGAGGUGAUGGCUCGUACGGUAGUCAAUCUGGUUAUGGUACAACUGGAGGACGAACUGGUAGUGCAUCAAAUAGCAAUGUUGGAGGUGGAAGUGGGGGAGAAUUACAGGGGAACAAUGCUUACAUGGGUAAUGGCUAUGGGGAUGCUAAUGGAAACACUGGUUAUGGAAAUGCUGCAUGGAGAUCUGAUGGGGGACAAGUAGGUUAUACAGGUGGUUAUGCCGGUGGACAAGCUCGACAAGCCCAACAACAGUAAUUUGAUGAUCUAAAAGUGAACUGGAUUUCGCCAUGUUCUGUGUCUCCCUGUUUGUUUUAUGAGAAUUGAGAUCGAUGUUUUCCAGUUGCUUAUUAAAAAAAAGUUUUCUUGUUGCUGACUGAAGCAGUGGCCCAAUUUGGAACACAAUGAGCCUGGUGGGGUUGCUUGAAUCCAAGUAGCUUGCAGUAUUUAAUUUUUCUAGUCUAAAAUAAGUAGCUGUUUUAGAAGUUUACUUGAUGCUUCAGUUAUUUAGUAUUUUGUUGCCGAACGUAGUUAAAAUUUGAUCUCUUUAUGAAUGUCUAUUUAGCUGUCUGGAAUCAAUUUUUAUCUUUUCACAUUGUUUGAGUUGUAACGAUUUGUAGUCCUUUUAAUUAUCAGUGGUUUUAUGCCUUCUACUUAUAUUCAGAUA